UCGGAAGUCUGAACAGAACUUCAGAGUAAAGCACGAAAAACCAGCUGAAGAGAGGAUUUUUUCCCCCCUGGUCAAUUUUCAGAUCCUGAAACGAGAAUGUCGACUGCCAUACCCAUGAAUUCUUUUGUCAUCCAGCUGCAACCACCAAUACAAACAACAGCAGCUGGGACUGUAACAAAUGCUCCUGCGCCUGUUUAUGUACAACAGGUAGCAGGACUUUCACCUCUUCAUGGACUUCAGGGAUUUCUAAAAAGCCAACCAAAGGCCCUUGGGACUGUCCAGAUAAUGAUUGGUCUGAUGACUCUCCUGUUUGGCAUUGUGUCAACAUUUUAUGCAGAAUCCAUCUUUGUCUUUAUCGGUGUUCCUUACUGGGGAUCUAUCAUCUACAUUAUUGCAGGCUCACUGUGCAUUGCUGCAGAAAACAAAGUUAAUUCACCCUCAAGUUUCUGUUUGGUGAACGGUUCACUUGGAGUGAACAUUUUCAGUGCUAUAACCGCAGGCAUUGCCCUUAUUUUAAUUUCAGUGGAUUUGGCUGUAGGAACACUCAACAGUUACCCAUACAACAGUUACCCACUCAACAAUUACACUUACUGCAACAAUUACAAAUGUUACAACUAUUAUUAUGUUACAGUAAAGUAUGAGACUCUCUUUAAGGGAAUCAGUGGUGUAUUGCUGGUAUUCACCCUCCUUCAGUUUAUCAUCUCCAUCUGUCUGUCAGCAUUUGCUUGUAAAGUCUCCUGUUGCCGUUUUCCUCCUCCUCAGGUGCCGUUUAUUCCACAAGUUUUAACUCCACAGCCCCCUGAUUUCAGGCCCAAUAAUUUCCAUGAUCUUAAAAGCUCAGAGAUAACUGUGGUCAGCAAGUCUUCCAUGAACCACCAUCAUGAAGAAUCUCAAUACAGUAAUUGUGAAUAAAUAUUAAUGGUAGGCAAAGUUUGGUCCUGCAGUGUGUGAUGGGACUUUCAUGGGACACAUGGGUUUCCCAACAAUUUCCUGUCCGUUAUCUUUAAUGUCCUUUCAUCACUUUAUCAGAAAAUAAUUGGAUUGUGUGCAAAAAAAAACAAAAA